GCUUGUGAUGAAGUCAGUAAACCACAGUCUUCAACAUGCUCGGCUCGGGCUGCAGCAGUGGCUUCUUGCCGGUGUCUCGGCCAUGACACACACGGGACAUGCCCUCCGGUCACCCGCUCACAGAGGAUCUCUGUCGCCCCGCAGCAUGGACCAGAGGCAGAUUCUGCAGAAGUUCCUGGAUGGGGCCCAAAACAAGAAAAUGCGCAGAGAGGAGUUUGCCAGUGAAUUUCUGAAGCUGAAAAGACUCUCCACCAAGUACAAGACAGACAGAACCUAUCCCACGACUGUGGCAGAGAGACCCAAGAACAUCAAGAAAAACAGAUACAAGGAUAUCUUGCCCUAUGAUCACAGCCGAGUAGAGCUGUCCUUACUAACCUCUGAUGAGGAUUCCAGUUACAUCAAUGCCAAUUUCAUUAAGGGAGUUUACGGACCCCAGGCUUACAUUGCCACCCAGGGACCUUUGCCUACAACUGUCCUGGACUUCUGGAGGAUGAUUUGGGAAUACAGUGUCCUGAUCAUUAUUAUGGCAUGCAUGGAGUUCGAAAUGGGGAAGAAAAAGUGUGAGCGCUAUUGGGCCGAGCCGGGAGAGGUGCAGCUGCAGCUUGGCCCGUUCUCCGUGUCCUGUGAAGCGGAAAAUAGAAAAUCUCAUUACAUAAUCAGGACUCUAAAAGUCAAGUUCAACAGUGACACUCGAACUAUCUACCAGCUCCAUUACAGGAACUGGCCGGAUCAUGACGUGCCUUCGUCUAUAGAUCCCAUUCUGGAGCUCGUCCGGGAUGUGCGUUGCUACCAAGAGGACGACAGUGCGCCCAUAUGCAUCCACUGCAGUGCCGGCUGUGGAAGGACCGGUGUUAUCUGCGCUAUUGAUUAUACGUGGAUGUUGCUAAAAGACGGGAUAGUUCCUGAGAACUUCAGUAUUUUUAAUUUGAUCCAGGAAAUGCGAACACAGAGGCCUUCGUUUGUCCAAACUCAGGAACAGUAUGAGCUGGUCUACAAAGCUGUAUUAGAACUGUUUAAGAGACAGAUGGAUGUCAUCAGAGAUAGACACUCUGGAACAGAGGUUCAAGCAAUGUAUUCCGUUCCUGAGCAAAAUCCCAGUCUAGAAGCAGACAUUUAUUCUCUUAACUUACCGACAAGCGGUACACCAGAAGCAGAAGUGACGAACCAACGCAUAAGGGGGGAAAAUGCAGAAGCUUCUUCCCUUGACCUUAGGACUUCUGAAAUAAGAGAAAAGAAAGAGUUAGCUUUGCAGCCUGCUACCCAGAACAGUUCUUUUGAGUUUUUGGAGCUCAACUGUGGUUGUCAUGAAAACGCUGACCCCACUGUGAAAUGGGAGAUGAAGGCGUCCACCGUAGCUGGGGAGCCUCUUCAGAAGCACCCAAGUUCGGACUUGAGCUCCAUUUUAUUUGGAGCAUGUUCUAAUUGGAAACCUGCAAAUGCAGCACAAAGAUAUUUCAAUUCUAAGGAGCCCAUAACGCGGACCAAAUCAACUCCCUUCGAACUGAUCCAACAGAGAGAUGCCAAGGAACCGGGCGUCAAGGAAAAUUUGUCUUAUUUGGAACCUCAGCCGAACAGCUCUGGCCUUGCGGAGGCUGGCAGGACGAUGCCUGUUGCUUCAGAACUGAACUAUUCACUGUGGUGCGACUUGGAGCGCCAAGGGUCUCACGCCUCUGACGCCCGGCAGCGCGACCCCAGGGCUUUCUCUGCGCAUUCUUACCUGUCUUUAGCAGAAGACACUUAUUUCCGGUCAUUGUCUCCAAGUAGUACUGGCUCCAAGAUGUCUCUUGAUUUACCGGAGAAACAUGAUAGGACUGUGUCACCUUGUUCUCUGUUGCCAACCUCCCCUGCCACCCUGUUUCCUUACUCUGAGCCCCGAGAUUCUGCGGCACUGAAUCCUCCAACCAGUUUGCCCCCCACACUGAGCCAAGAGGCGGCAGCAGUCGCGACUUCCCCAAGAAUCGAUGAUGAAGUCCCCCCUCCACUGCCAGAACGGACUCCCGAGUCUUUUAUUGUGGAAGAGGAAGCUGGAGAAGUCCCACUGAGGGUUCCCAAGCCUUCACCUUCAACUGUGAUGACAGAAGUGGGAAGCCCACUAGGAUGGAGUGGAACAUCUGAGUCCAACAAACCCAAUGACUCUGUGAGACUCAGGCCAACCAACAGUGUGAAACUCCAGUGUUCCAACUCAGACCUGCCAGAAGACCGCUCAUCGCCCCCACCUCCACUCCCAGAAAGAACCCCGGAGUCCUUCUUACUUGCUGAUGAAGACUGUAUGCAGGCUCAACCCAUGGAGAUUUAUUCUGCUAGCUGUCCUAACGCCGCUGAAAAUUCAACAUCUUCAAAACAGACAUUGAAGACCCCUGGAAAAAGUUUCACAAGGAGUAAGAGUUUGAAAAUUUUGCGGAACGUGAAAAAGAAUCUCUGUAAUUCUUCCCCACCAAACAAGCCUGCAGAGUCUGUUCAGUCAAAUAACUCCAGCUUCUUACGGAAUUUUGGUUUUGCAAAUCGUUUUUCAAAGCCCAAAGGACCAAGGAACCCACCACCAAGUUGGAACAUUUAACACAACUUUGGACUAUAGUCUGCAAGUGCACACGCAAAGAAAUAUGACCAGAAUAUAGCUAGCUACAAUCAGUACUCUACGUUCAUAAUGUCAACAGAGCAGACAGGGUAAUGCGGUAACCACUCUGAAAAGAAAAGCAAUACACAAAUAAGUGCGAAGGUUCUACAUUUACUCUUAUUUAUAUAUCGGGUUGGAAACGGCAGAAAAAGAGUUUAGCAUUGGAGCUUAUGAUAAAGUUGGAAACUGCAGCUUGAAUGCUGCAGGAGAAACAGUUUGGAUAUGGACUUUUCACCGUUGGAAGUUCUUUUUAGUUGACUUCUACGUAAAUGUAAACUUUAAAAGAUUUGUAAGAAUUGGAUCUCAGUUACAUGUCUACAUUGCCAGAAUUUCCUGUAAAAGUUUUUUUAAAAUCUCAUCUUGUGGUUGCAGUAAAAAACUACUGCUGGUGACAAUUCCCUGGGAGUUAUUUUUGCCUAAAUGGAGUUUACCUUGUACAUCUUCCCAAAUGUUUUGGGAAAUCGGAGUUGUAGGAAAAGAAGUUAUAUUUAAGAGAAUAAAAUAAUGUAAAUAAUGA